GCGGCGUUCGACCGCCUGGCCGGGCGGCUGCAGUAGUUGGCGGCGGCCGGACAGCAGCUGCACGUCGUCUCGUCGCUAUAAAUAAAACGGUCGUUUUUCGGUGUGGGAUCCGAACCGCUGACGUCGGCUGGACAGAGUCGGACAGUAGUGCGUCGCGUGUACCUGUCCGCCGCGAACGAGCAUCGCAUCGAGUCGACGGGGUGUCUAUACCGCACACAGUGUUGUACGCGGACGUCCGACCGGAAACGAAUCGGUGGAGAUUAAAAAAUGUCAGUCAUAACUAUAUGUAAAGCUGUCGAAGAAAUGAAUACGUUUAAAAAUCAACCAAACACCAAAAUUAUAAAUGCUCCUACUUUAACAAAAUUAUCUGAGAAAACAUCAGUAACUGUGCCGUCUACAUCAUCCGUCCAGUCAAAUCAGAUAUUGCUAAUUAAUAAUGCCGAAGGACAACCCGUAUCUGGUAUAUUGCUACCUUCUAAUCAUUUCAUGUUAAAAUUGAAUCAAAACCAGCACCAACCCGAAUCAGAUCCUGAUGAUAACACUGAGCGUGAAUCUACUUCAAAAUAUUUUUCAAUGAAUAAGAGUGAAAAGAAAAUGUUUAGAGAAACAUUUUUUCGUACACUUCUCGACUUUAUGCACGAAAUCGUGAAAGAUGGUCGCAUUGUUAGUUCUUCUGAUCAUAUUUGGGAACGCGUUGCUUCAAAAUUAGAUAAUAUACUUAAACCAAAAAGUAUUUACAAUCGUUUUAUUCUAAAUAAACAUUCUUGUAGAACAAGAUUAAUUGAAGCAUAUCUUAAAGACCCUAAAAGUCAAACUACAGACAUAUCCAUACUAAACCAUAUGAUGAAAACGGAUAUGCACCAUGAAGUUGUUGAAAAAAGACCAGGUCAUGUUGAUAAUGAAACAUUUUAUGAUGCUUUGUUCGUUUUCAAAGAUAAGGUUCUUAAGGAUGGAGAGGUGGCGCCAAGUGUGGAUUCUGUUUGGAAUCAAAUCUCAGCACAUUUGAACUAUGCUUUAAAGCCCAAUAGUAUCUACUUGAGAUUCAAACGUAAUACACACAACUGUCAUAAAAAAUUGCUUACUCAUUGUAAACUUGACCCCUCCAAAGCCAAGACUUAUGACGUUCCUAGUCGAAAAUUUGUACCAUCCGUAGAAAAGCUACAAAACAAAGUAAAAAAGAAAAGUUUGAAGUUUGAAGAUUCUUCUAAAUUUUUCAAAGCAUUAUACACUCAUAGGAAAAAAAUCAUACAAAAUGGAUCAAUAGCAAGAUAUAAUAAUUCGGUUUGGAAUGAAGUGGCAAAAAUGUUAGAUUACGCUUUGCAGCCAUCUGAUGUCCAUUCAAAAUUUAUUCGUAAUCAUGACUUAUGUCAGACUAAACUUAUUGAGGCGUGUAAGGAAGAUGAGAAUUUCACUCCAUUAGUGGUCCCAAAAUUGAACAAGCCUAAUAGUGUAUCCGAUGAAGCUUUUUUCAGUGUGUUAUGUAAAUAUCGCGAUGAUAUUUUACAAAAUGGAAGUGAAAUAGCUAAAUUUUCAAAUCCUGUUUGGACUCAAAUUUCAAGAGACCUUAAUGAUACGUUAAAGCCAGCAACUGUAUACUUCAGAGUGACAAGAAAUUCUCAACUAUGCUUAAAUAGACUUCUUAAACCUACUGGAUUAUUAACCGACAAUACUUACAAAGACACAAUUAAUAAAGAUCAGUUUUUUGAAACAAUAUGUUUGUAUAAAUAUUCAAUAAUGAAUGGUGAUCAAGUUGUAGAUUUAAGUGAUCCCGUUUGGAAUGAGAUUUCUCUUCGAUUAAAUUCUGAAUUAUCUCCUGAAGUUAUCUACGACACAAUUUCUAAGGAUAAAGAUUUGUGUAAGACAAAAAUGAUUCAAGCUCUUAAAACAGAACGCAGUGUGUUUUCCGGGGAACAGCUUGAAGUAUCUGAAAAUAUGACUGAAUUAACACCAAUAGUUGAAUGUAAUAUUUCCAAUGAAUCGAAUGAUGAUUUUAUUGAAGUUAUUAAUGAAUUUAAGGAUUCUAUUUUAUUAGCCAAUGGACAAAUAGCAUUGAAAGAUGAUCCUGUAUGGAAACAAAUAUCUAGUCGCUUAAAAGAUCUGAAUGCAGAUGAUGUUUAUUCAUAUAUCAUUAAUGAUUAUAAAAAUUGCCGCACUCGACUUUUUGGUAAUACUUCUGUUCCAAAAAACGACUUAUUUGAAGCUAUAUUUGCACACAGACAAUCAGUUAUAAACAAUAAUAUUAUUGCAAAUAUUAAUAAUGGAGUUUGGACAAAGAUUAGUCAAAAAAUAAAUUAUGCAUUAAAACCCAGAGACAUUUAUAUGAGAUUCAUUAAAGAUAUAGACGGUUGCCGAACAAAGUUGUUGAAAUAUUCAAAAAAAGACUUUUGCCGUUCUCAAGGUAUUGAUAAAGAUAAAUUUUUAGAUGUAAUAAUUAACCAUAAGGACUCCAUACUUAAAAAUGGAACACAUGCUAAACCCAGUGAUCCAAUUUGGAGAGAAAUUGCAUCUAAACUUAAUUUUUUAGUAAAACCAUUAACGCUUUAUAAUAACUUUAUGUUAAACAGACAUAAUUGCCAACAGAAACUUUUAGAAGCUUGUGAAAAAGAUAAAAAUGAAGUAAUUUCCUCUCCAAUUUCAUCAAAAAUUACUUCUCAAAUGGACCAUGACUAUACAAAAGGUGAUGCAGACACUAGUUUUGAAGAUUUGAUAUCUAUGAGACAAAAAGUUGGCUAUGUGCAAGAAAAUGACUUUAUUGGAGCUUGUAUAGUGUUUAAAAAUAGAUUGGUGAAAAAUAACUGUAUAGUGCCUUCUACUGAUAAUGUCUGGAAUGAUAUAUCAAAGCACCUUAAUUAUGCAAUCAAAGCUAAAACAGCUUACUUGAGGUUUAAACGCAACACUCAUAAUUGUCAAGGGAAAUUGUUUGGAAAUUUUCAAUUAAACGAUGUUUUACACGAAGUAGAUGAAGAGUCGUAUUCUGUUGAAGACCAAAGCAUUGAAGAUGAGAUGUUCUUUGAUGCAAUAUCAAUUUUCAAACAUUCCAUUAUCAAUAAUGGUGUUUUUGCUAUGGAAUCUAGUCCUGUUUGGUUAGACGUUUCAAAUUUAAUGAACAAUUUACUCUCUCCGGAUGAAGCAUUUUGGAAGUUUCGUCAAAAUAGUGAUUCAUGUAGAACGAAAUUAAUUAAAAAGUGUUUAGCAGAUUGGACUAACGAACCUUCUUCAGUAAUUAAAAAUCGAAUUCAAGUAAUUAAAUCAAAAGAAACAUCGUGGAGAGAAACUUUAAAAUCUGAAAAAACUGCAAGGAUGGAUAAAAGAAAUUACACAAAAACAUCAAACUUGAGUGAUGAUGUGUUUUAUGAUGCCAUUUAUAAAUAUAAAAAUGAUAUAUUUCAUAAUGACUUGAUUGCAAGCUGUACAAGUCCUGUAUGGACAGCUAUAGCUAAAGAGUUAAACAAUGAGAUGGAACCAUCAUCCGUAUACUUAAGGUUUCGGAAUAACAUGACCAAAUGCAACUUGAAGUUUGCAGAAGCCGCUCAGAGACACAACACCUACCAAUUAAAACAAAAACAUAGCCAAGUAAAAAAACAAAAAUUAUUAUUAAUUGAAGAUAAUUCUAAUGAAUCAUGUGAUCAACAUAUGGUUAUGGAUAAUGAUGACGAAGAAAUUAUAGAAAUUGAUUCUGAUACAGAACAGUGUAAAAUUAAGGAUUACAGACUUAUCCAUAAAACUAUACCUAUGGAAAUAGAGUUACAAACAGUUAAACAUAAAAAUAAAUGAAAAUUAUACUUUCAACAAAUUCAGUCUAUUGGUCAUAGCCAACCUGCGAAUGAUAAAUAAAACUUAUAAAUUAUAAUUAAUCUUAAUUUGAAAUGGAAUUUAAUAAGGAUCUCUUAAAUAAAUAUGUUUUUUUUUUAUUAUUUUUUAAGUAUACUUAAUAAUGACUGAUUAAUGUUACCUGUAAUUUUAAUUUGACUAAUUUGUUUACUUUAUUUUUAUUUUUAUAUUCUUUUGUCUAACUAUGAGGUUGUGCAAUAUGUGUGUUCAAUAAUAUGUCCUUAUAGGCAUUUUACUGCUUUGAUUUGUUAUAAUUUUUUUAUUAGACCAGUUUAUUAUAUUUUUAUAAUUUAAAAUAUUUAUUUAAUUGUGAUACCUACCAAUAUAUUUAUUUUAAAUGUGAAUUCAGUAUUCAAUAGAUAUAGGGCACAAUUAUACCUACUUUUUGUCACAUUAUUUUAUACAUAUUUUUGUAAUUAUAUACAUUUAAUAUUUUUAAUAUAAUAUAACUAUUAGUUAAAAAUCUCUUAAAAUAAAAUAUUAAUUUUUUUCGUUCCAGGCCAUUUGUUAUUUUAAACUCAUUUUAAUUCCAUAUAAUGAUUUAAAUACGUGUUUUUUGUAGAAUUCAAUAAAUACUACCAUUUAAAAUAUAAUUUGUGUAUAAUUUCGAUUGUUUAUGUAAUUAUUUAUGUAAUUGAUAAUUGAUUUAAUGUAUUAAUUUUAUUAGUACACUUUGUAUACUAAUUAAUAAUUAUAAUAUAUUAGUAGGUUAGAAACCUAAUUAUUACUAGCUGCACUUUAUUUUGGAAUACUUAACAAUAAAAGUAGUUAAUAAAUAACCAGUUAACACUAUACUAUAUCAGAUAUAAAGACUCUUCUGAAGAAUCAAGUCUGUUCCAAAAUAGUGAUUUGGUUAAGACUGACCACACCAAUCUAAACUUUUUAUUGGAUAGUACAAAUAUUUUUUUUUACAAAAUUUAUAACUAUUUAAAGUAAUUAUAAAUCAUAGAACUUUCGUUAAAUAUUUUAGAUAAGUAUCUAUUUGAUUAUUUAUACAGAUCUCAGAACUUUACAAGUAUAAUAGACUGUGAGUUAUUAAUUUGUCUAGCUAAAACAAAUUUAAUGUCCAUAUUUUCUUUUUAGUUUUCAUCAUGUCCAGAAAAAAUAUUUGAAAAUAAGUUAUUAAAUAUCUAUUUAAUAUAUUUUCCAUUUUAAUAUUUAAAUUAGUAGGUAAACAUAAAACAAUAAGUUAAUGUAUGGGUAAUCUAAUAUUCUAUUAUUUACCUAUGUGGCUAUGUGUAUAGAAUAAAAAUAAAUUAUUAAUUUUUGAAUAUCAAUUAGCAACGACUACUUAUUAAUUAUUAUAAGAUAAUAAUUACUUAAAAGGAUUAAGUGAAUAGAAACAACAUUUUGUGUAGUAUUUAAAAUUUUAAAAUAAUGUAAGCCAUUGAUUGAUUUUUGAAUAAUAUUAGACAUUAGUUAUAUCUUUAAAUCAAUUAAUUAUUUUACAAUUUAACCAAAAAAUUAUUAUUUUUGUUUGGUAAGUAAUAAAGAUUAGUAAAUUAUAGUCAUGAAGAUAAUUAUUAUUGUUUUGAAAAUGAAAAUUAUUUAAUAUUAUAUAUUUUACAUGGAUAUUUGUUUAUUGAAAAAAUACAGUUACAAAAGUACAAAACA